GUGUGAGUGAGAGAGAGAGAGAGAGAGGAGAGAGAGAGGCAGCACCUGGCACACACACGUGUGAACCCAGGUCUUUCCCACGUGGACCCAGUUGCAUCACAAACACGCCACUGCUGGGUGUCCAAGACAUCCUGUCUUAAGAGUGUCCAGCGUAUGGCCCGAUGUCUGUGGCCUUCAGGACAGGCGAAGCCCAUCUUUAUGAGAGCAAUCAGAACAGGGUUCGUUGGGGAGUAUGGGCUGAGGAGGAAGGGGGGCCUUCUGGGGUUCGGGAGAGUCUCCGUCUCCGGUUGGGGUGAUGCCGUAAGCAUGUGCACAUAGACGGUCAUCGAGCUGCCCACUUCGUCUUUAUCCCUCGCUGUGUCCACGCUGCACCAUGACUUUAAAACAAUAAGACUAUGAACCUAGAGACCUGCUUCUCCUGACAUGUCACUUGAUGUAUCGCAGAGAAUUCGAGAACUGGAGGACAAACUCGAACUUCAGAAAAGGCACCUAAAGGAACUGGAGGAAAAGUUUUUGUUCCUUUUUUUGUUUUUCUCACUAGCGUUUAUUCUGUGGCCUUGAUGACUGCAGUGAGCCAAGAACUCGGGAUAAGAAAAGAAGGUAUGGAAUAAACUGAGUCCCUAUGGCAACCCCAACCCCACUCAAACCAAAAUCCAACAGCAAAACAAGCUAUUCAAGGUCCAGAGAAUUCGUAUAUUUGACAACAGCUUUAAGGGGAAGCCUUUUGGAUCCAUGGCUGGUCCCAGCCAGCCUAAGCUGUGAGGACUCUGCAGGGACCAUGGGUGUUGUCAAACUUGGAGCCACAUCCGUGUUCCAGCUGUGGCCCUUCAAGAGCCCUGGGGCUGAGGCCUAAAUGCCAGGGAACCAAGUGCGAUUACAGAAACCGAGGGAUUGGAGAGCCCCCGCACCGCUGGGGACAGGUCACCUGCUGUCGCCACACACAUGCCUCGCCCAGCCACGACGCACAUGCCGGGAGGGACACAGACGCUGUCUCUGCCCUGUGUACAUAGAUCUCCACAAACUGUGCUGUGUUCUUUGCAGAAUCUGCUGGCACGACUCGCAAAUAUCCCUGUGCCCUGAGCCCCGAUUCCAGUCCAGGUUGGCAAAACCCCCAAAUCUAUGAGCAGCUGAAUUCCACGGCUGUCUGGAGCCUCACCCAGCAGGGGCGGGUCCUCCCGGAGCCCAGGGUCUUCAGGUUUCCAAGGGUGUGGCAGAAGUCCAGAGCAUGGCCUUCUCAGGGCAGGGAGGAGCACGGACUGCGGAAGGAAGAGCUCCCUUCGUCCUGCUCCAGGCUGGCCAGGCCCGUGGAGCGCGGAGAGCCGUCGGCGUGGAGAAUGAUGGAGCGGACGCUCCGUUUCAUCGCAGGAAAACCAGACCCCAGCUGGUGACGGUUGGCCCAGGAGGAAAUUCCUGGAGCCAAGUUCCCUCUGGUCGCUGUUCUUAUGUUAUUCUAGGUGGGUAGAUGGGGCAUCUCGGAAAGAAAGCGCCUGCUCGUCCUCUCCCAGCGUUUGAAGGGAAGACGUCUGGAAUAAGAAGGGACUGCAAGAGACAGAAGGUGUGAGUGCCAGGCCCAUGGCCGUGUCUGUGCGAAGACCCUGUGGAAGGCAGGAUGGGGCCCGACGGCUUGCUGGCCAGCUGGACUCAUUGCCCUGUGUUUACGGGACAGAGGAGCAAGCUUGCCUUUCAGUGAGAAGAACCUUGAGAGGAAACUGGAAUGUGAAUCCAGGCCCUGAGGGAGCCCACUGGGGAGGGAACCCGAGGAGCUGGGAGUGCUCCGGAGGCCAGACCCAAGGGUGGAAAAGGAUGGUGCAGUGCACCAAAGGAACCCAGCCAGACGGGGCGCUGUUCCCACCAAAGCAAAAAUCGGGGCACUUUCAGCAGACCGCACUGGACAGCUGAGAAGCACCCACCCUCUUUUAAAAUCCAAACCCAAAGCACCCAGCACCCCAGCCACCGGGACCUAUCAACACUCAGCGACCAGAUAUGAACGAACUGAUGCCUUUGCUUGAGAAAACAGGCAGCCGAGCCGCCAAGGCAGCGACAGGAGUGUGGGGUCACGGCGGGGUGAAAGCAAAGACACACCUGCUUUCUCUGGGGCCAGAAAGCACAGAGCAGCCUUGCCGGGUGACGCCCCUCUGCAGACACAGGGGCUAUGCCUGCCGCUCAGAGGAGCAGGGGAAUAAUUCCCGUACGACAGCUCGCAAGGGGUCUUCUGUGGGGCAGGCCAGACAGUCAGACCUGCAAGACUCCCACAGGCCACCGCGAUGCUCAGGUGGCUGCUGGCAGGAGGCACGGCCCCCACUGGUCUCAGUGGGAGUCAUCCUGCCAAGUCCAUACCAGUCCAUACUGAUCAGGGACCAGGACCCCUUUCCUCUGGCCCAACCCGGAGGCCUCGAGGGGCCAGGGAACAAGGUGCACAUCAGCAGGUACAGAGCUUAGAAGCUUGAAGUCCCCAGUAGGAACCAGCAUUUCUAGAACAGUCCCAGGCAUGGCUUCCAGGCCCCUCCUAGUGACAGGAAGAGCCGCGGCACUCAGGGAGCCUUAGCACUUUGGCGGCCACCAGGUGCCUGCUGCUUCGCCCAUAGCCCUCUGUCCAGGAUAUUUUCCUGAGCAGUCUGAAGGCACAACCACCACCAUGAAAUCUCCAGGAAGCCAAUGUUAGAAAUUCACUUACUUUAUUAAGUCUUGACCCAUGAAAUCCUUAGAGAUGGCGUCAACGGCUGAAGGACAGACUGAAAAAAGCUUCAGCUAUGUUGUCAGAGUCCCCGGUGGUGAUGGGUUUGAUAUAAUGAACGUUGAUGUGAAGAUCGACACGUCCUGGAUAUUCCGGGACAUGGACGAUUGCAGUGAGGAGCAGGGAUGUCUUCCGGAGGAAGCAGCCAGUGGCCCAGAUGUGGACACGGGGACACUCAGAAAACAGCUGGAGUGUUCCGAGCAGAAGUUGCUGGCCGCUGUGGACAAGCACGUGACGUCGGAAUCUGGGCUGAGGAGCAGGAUUCAGGAGCUGGAGCUGUCAGAGAGGAAACUCCUCCAGAAGGUGGACCAGUUGAGCGCCCGAGUGGUCCAGGAGAGGAGCGCCUCGCUCUGGGCCCAGGAGAAGCUGGAGGCACUGCAGGGAGAGCUGGCUGGCCAGGCGGCUCGCAGGCUGCAGGAGCAGCGCGCCACCGAGCGCCAGCUCCGAGGGCAGCUGGAGGAGCUGCGCUGCUGCAUCUACGAGCUGACGCUGUCGGAGAUCGGCCUGCACAGCCAGGUGGAGGACCUCACCGAGCAAAAUCGGAGCCUGCGAGAGGAGCUGGGAGCUCGGGCCCCGGGGGAAAGAGGACGCAGCUCCACCCCCGCUGGUCACUGCAGCCUGGACGCCCUGAGCUGUGUUCGGGAUGACGCACUGCCCCUGCCCACCUGUGGAAGCCAUGGCCAGUGUGACAACAGCCCUGGACAAAGGGCCUUGGCAGGCCAGCCCUCAGAGGGGCCCUGCACCUGCGGCUGUGUCGGGGGUAGACGAGGCCCUGCUGUUUUGGUGCCGGACCUGGAGACCACAGGCAUGCUCCUGGGAGACCUCGUAGGACCUGACAGUGAACAGGCAAUGUCCUUUAACAUCGAGGAGACUCAUUUUACAGACCGGGAGACCGAGACUCCAGGAGGUUCAGAGGCCGACAGGAAGCCCCCAGGGCUCACGGCAGGCCUGGCUGAAGCCAACCUUCAUCUCCCAGGCCUUCCUCCCUCCCUGCAGCUCGCUCUGUCCGAGCCCCGUUUGGACGGACAGGUUCUUCUCCGCAUCUGCGGCUGCCCCCCAGGGCAGUAUAUGGACAGGCCGCUCCUCCCCGUGGACAUGACCUGCGUUUCAGAGAAUCCAGCAGCUGCCCCAGCCCAGGAGGCCUUUCUCCUGGUGCAGACAGCCACACACCCGCUCUGGGGACCAGCCGAGGGCCCCACGCCCCUACCGCUGCUGCUGCUCCCAGAAGCUCCCCCAGAGGUGUCGAACACCAGGCCCCCACCUGCUGCCGUAACUGCAGGACACCCUGGCUGGGAUUGUCACCAAACAAGAGGCCAGGAUGUCCCCUUCUGCCAGGAGGACCCCCACACUUCAAAUCACCGAUCUCCCAGGAAGGAGCUCACGUAUCUAAAAGACACUUGGGAUGACGGAGGAGGGGACUCAGGCACGAGAACCAAGGAGUGGGAGACAAGGAAGACAGAAGGUAGGAAAGACAAAAACCUCAAUGAAAAAUACCAGCCAAAUCAGCAAAGCCAGGAGAGCCUGAGCUUGCCGAAUGGAGUCCGGGUCCCCGAUGCUGUGCAGGACAAGGGCAGAGGUGCGGAGACCCAGGCCACAGCCUGCUGCCCUCGGCCCUGGCACGAGUUCCUAGUGCCCCUUCUGCAGGAGGAGGCCUCAGUGCCGAAGGAGGGUCUUGAGUGCCCGAGCAGGAGGGAAAGCAUGGAAGGAUAUGUCUGGGGCCUCCUAGAACUGCCGUCAUCAGAGAAGGAGGAAGUAGGGCCCCCAGCCACCUGCUCAGGGGCUCAGGGGACCAAAGAGCCACGGUCAGCAGGAGGUGAGCUGCUGGCUAAGGGGAGAGCCAUCGGGAGAAGAGUGGAGGGCCAGGAGGAAAACCGGCGGUGGUUUGGAAAGUCUUGGCUUCUGCAAAAGGAAAGCCAGAGGGCUGGAGGGCAAGGGGAUGAGGAGGAGGUGCCACGUCAAGAAGCACCCAGUCUGGGUCCCAGGAAUGUCCCCCAGAAGCCUGACUCCGAGGAGUGGGAGGGCAAUGAGACGCUGCUCUCCGUGAGCCAGAGCGGUUUGCUGCUGGUCCCCCAACUGGCCUUACCAGCUGAUGGGGACAACUCUGCUAGCUGUCCAUGGGAUCCAAGCACAGGAGGUGAAAGGUACACUCUCAGAAUCGAUGACUUUGAAAAGGAGAUGGAGGCUUGUUUCCAGCAAGUCUCCCUCCUGAAGCCUGGCUGUGGUGGUCAGCUAUGGAAAACCUCCACCUUGGCGGGACAGAACUGGAGCUUUGCCCGGAAAUGGCCCGGCUGUGAAGAGCACGAGUGUUUCCACCGUGCUGCGGCAAAGCAGAGUUCGGAUAUUUGUUUUCUGAAGGAAGCAAAGUCCGAAGAAAAUGAUGACCGUGUUACAUCAGGAAAGACCAAGGCCCUAGGCACCAGCCAGAUUUUCCCAGGGAUGGUGUCUGACUUGGAUGACGCCCUCCCAGGCCCUCCAGCGGGGCUCUCUGAGCUGGAGCUGACCCAGCAAUCAGGAGGCCUGGAGAGAUUAAGAAGCAGCUUUCACCAGCUCCUGUCUGCACUGAGGGAAGAAAGAAGCCAGGUUUUACAUGACAGCACCAAACUGCAGGAAGCCCAAGAGAGGUACUGCAAGCAAGCGUGCACCCUCGAGGAAGAGAGGGCCAGAGACCAAAGAAGAAUCUCCAGGCUUGAGCAGGAUAACAGCAGGCUGGUAGGAGACAUCUCUCAUUUAAAGAGGGACCUGGACCAAUACCUGCAGAUCAUCUCUGACCUCGAAGACUGCAAUGGGAAAAGUUACCACAAGAUUUCGGAGCUUGAAGAGGAAAAUGAAAAACUGAAAGGGAAUCUGAGCCAACUCCAGAAAGCUAUGUCUGAGAGCGUUCGGAAGUCCAGAGGCGCGAUAGAGCAUGUCUCUCGGGAAAAUUGGGAGCUCAAGGGGCUCGUUUCAGAGCUGGGGGUCAGUUACAAAGAGCUGAUCAAGGACAUCGUGCUGGGAAUAGAAGACAUGAUCCGGACCUUGAAGGGUGAGAACAAACACCUGCUCUGCAGGGUCCGUGUCUUGGAGAGGGAGGUGAUGCUGAGGAUGAGCACGGGUGGCGGGCAUUUGGUGGGAGGAAGGGACCACCUCCAGGCAAAUACCCAGACAGCAGUGGACAGAGGGCAUGCCACAGACAAAGAGGUUCAGGUGACUCAGCCUGCAGGGCAAUGGACUAUAAGAGCCCACCCACCAACCUUGGAUGUGGAAACGGGUCUGCCUGCAAGACAGAAAGAACCUUCCUUAGCCUUGAGUUCCGGAAGCGGGGCUGAUUCCAGUACUCUAUCCUUGGUCUGGAGAAAUGCUCGAGUACCCAAUACCCUGCAAGGGAACAUCGAUGGAGCAGGAAUCAAAGAAGCACAUUUGGAAAAAGAGGAGACAAGCCCGGGGUGCUCUGCAGCCCAAGGGCGCGCCCUGAGGUCUCUGAGCAAUGGCCCCCAGCUGCAAGCCCCAGAGGCCAAGGCUGUCAAGGAAGACCCCGGGCUGUGCAUCCAGCGACUCCAUCACCAGGUGCUGACCCUGCAGUGCCAGCUCAGAGACCAGGGAUUCGCAUACCGGGAGCUGCAGGCGUCGUGGGAUAAGUCUAUCCACAUCCGGGACAAGCUCCAGGGCCAGCUUGAAGAACUUCGGAAAAAGCAGCAUGAAGCAAAUUUGGCUGUGACUCCCCUGAAGGCCAAGCUGGCUUCCCUGGUCCAGAAGUGCUGGGACCGGAACCGCCUGAUCACUCGCCUGCUGCAGGAGCUGCAGAGACACGGGCCGGUGAAUCUCCCGCUCUCGGAGCAGGCUCAGAGGAUGGUGAACGACGUGGCACUGGCUGAGUACACGGCCACCUUCCUGGCUCCUGGAGUCCCAGAGACAGGCCCCCACCUGGACAUGGAGUCUGAGAGGACAGCAGUUGUAAGAGCUCCGAAAUACCUGCUAAAUUCUGAAACCGACAGUGGACUUCAAAGCCCGCCGUGUUCAGAAUCCUGGCCUCUUUCUGAGGUCGAGUGGCCAGCAGAGACAGCCCAACUGGAUUCUCUGAAGCUCUCCUUGCCCGUGGGGCCGAUGCUCACUCCUGGACUGUGCCUGGCUGCGGCUGCUGCGGAGCCGGGACUCCCUGCCCUCAGCCUGCAGGAGAAAGACCGGGUGCCUUGCCCUGCCCACCCAGCUGACGGCCUCCCGCCACACUCAGAGCUCCUGAGCCCAGCGAGGAUCGUGGCUUUUCACAAAGAGCUUAGACAAAGCAUCUGCAGCAUCUCCCAGGUCCAUAAAUCACCGCUGGAGUUAUAA